GGAGAAGCUUUGGCAGUUGCAUAUGACCUCCAAGAAGAUCCAAAUUACUCCCAAUCCAAUUAUUCACAUCCAGAUUCCACAACAUUGCCUUUUUCUGCCUCUGCAGGUCAGCAAUCUGGAGUUUUGGUCCUUUCUAAAAACCCUUAUUAUUCCUCAUAUCCGCCAGCCCAACAGGUGCGAUAUCAUGCUGGGGAUCCAUACUGGGAGGUUUCUAGUUAUCCACAAACCUCCCAAUCACGAAACCAUGUUCAAGCGGCUGUUCCUAUGACUGCAUAUUUAAAUCCUAUUCCCGUAUCCUCACCCGUUACCUGCCCUCGUGGUCCUGAUAAUUGUUCCUAUUUCAUUCAAUCUGUCCCCCAUCCACAAAUGCCUUCUACGGCUUUGACACCAUCUCUUGGGGAACCGAUUACUUACGUUGAAGGUGGGCCAGCGAGUGAAUCAACUAUGUCGACAGAUUCGAUGUUGUCUGUGAGAUCAGACACAUUUCCUACAUAUGCACCGUCUUCUGAUAUGGGAUACUCUAUAAAACCCGUCUCCCAGCCUCCUGUCAUGCCCAAUAAUGGACAUCAUAAUCCUGGACUUAUGAAUGCAAAUGGGAAUUCUCACCAUGCUUCCGGUUCAUCUAAUUCCAGACGGCACGACGAUCAAAGACAAGCUGCAGUACCAUCUACUGGGUCGGACGAUGGAUUGUAUGAGUUAUCAGAAGAGGAUGUAAAGGAAAUUGACGAUAUGACCAAUGAGUGGACUAGAGCCACCUGCGCCCUGAUGGCUUGUCUGUUUACCCGAGACCAAAUGGCCAAUUCCACUGUGCUUGGUCGAGGUGGAUCCCAAAGAGAGCGCCUUCCAACAAAUUUGGUUGCUUACGUUGUCAGUAAGUAG